ACAACCACCGAGCGUCCGAGCGAGACGUAAUCGUUGCAAUUAUUUUAGAGUAAUUUCGCAGAUUGUUGCACGAUCCGGGUGUGUCCGCGACACUUUACUUGUUUGAUCGACGUGCGUUCGUCGCGUCCUAUCGGUUUGCGCGUCGAACGGAGCCCGUGUGUUUGGCGUUUUCAUCCCCGUCAUCUAUGCCGUAUUUGCGACACACCCUUUGACGUAACAACAAUUUACAACGUAAUUUGUGUACGUUUAAUCGAGUAACGCGCCUUGUGUUUCGUCACUUGAACGUUGGCGAUCGGCCCGAGCUGUGAAUGUCGUCGUAAUCGCUGUGUCAUCAUCAUUGGUAUACCCAUGAUAUAAACAAGCAAACCACAGGAACCAAGGAACUUUUUGAUGGCCAGAUCCUUCACAUGACGUAGCAUAGUUUUAUAGUUAUUUUACCGUAUUAUAAGGCACAACUACCUAAAAAACACAUUUCAGAAUGGCUAAUCCAAAAGCUUAUCUACAUGAAUGGUGUGCAAAGAAUAACUUGGAACUACAGUUUGAAACCAAGCAAGCCGGUUCAAAUUGUAAACCACGGUUAUUUAUAUGUGAAGUUACUGUAACUGGACAUAAUUACAUAGGUGUAGGAAAUUCAACUAAUAAAAAAUUAGCUCAAGCAAAUGCAUCAAAAGACUAUCUUUUAUACUUGACAAAAGAGGGAUUGAUAUCUAUUGAUACUUAUUUUUUACCAUCUAAUUGUAUUUCUGGUCCUGCUUCAAAUGGUUUAAUGGUUAAUGCAUCUCAACAAUUAAUGAAUAAUGUGCCACCAAAAUCUGAGUAUGAAGAAGAAACUUCCAAUAUACUUGGUGAAGCUUAUCGACCAAAUGAGAAGACAAAUUUUCAGUUAAAUGAUUUUUUGAAUGACGAAAAUAAUGUUGAAGAGGCAGAAGGUUUAAAUCUGCAUGCUGCUGUAUGUGGUGACUGGACAAUUGAUAAUGCCAAAUCACAUUUAAAUCAAUUUAUUCAAUCUAAUAAGUUAAAAAACAUUGAUUACAAAUAUAGUUGUAAUCCAAAAACUUUUUUACAUGAAUGGUGUGAAAAGAAUAACUUGGAACCACAAUUUAAAACCAAGCAAGCCGGUUCAAAUCGUAAACCACGAUUUAUAUGUGAAGUUAUUAUAACUGGACAUGAUUACAUAGGUAUUGGAAAUUCAGCUAAUAUAAAAUAUGCUCAAGAAAAUGCAUCAAAAGACUUUCUCUUAUACUUGACGAGAAAGGGAUUGGUAUCUACUGAUUCGUUAGCAUCUAAUUGUAUUUCUGGUCCUGCUUCAAAUGAUUUAAUGGUUAAUGCAUCCCAAAAAUUAAUGAAUGUGCCCCCAAAAUCUGUUUAUCAAGACCACGAAACUCCCAAAAUGCUCGGUGAAUCUUAUCGACCAGUUGGGAAGGCAAAUUUUCAGUUUAAUGAUUUUUUGAAUGACGAAAAUAAUGUUGAAGAGGCAGAACAUUUAGAUGUGAAUGCCGCUGUACAUGGUGGUUGGACAAUUGAUAACGCCAAAUCACGUUUAAAUCAAUUUAUUCAAUCUAAUAAGUUAAAAAACACUGAUUACAAAUAUAGUUUUAUAGGGAAGAGUCAUGUUGCUGAACUGUCAAUAUAUAUAGCUAAACUGGGAAGAAAUGUAACUGCUCGUGAAAGUGGUUUAAACAAACGAUCAGCAUCCACAAGUUGUGCACUUUCUUUUAUUCGUCAACUAUACCAUUUAGGUGUUAUUGAACCAUUUUCAGGAUCUUUGAAAAAAUCUAUUUUAAACACAGUAAAACCAUAUGAAGUUAAUGUCGAUCCUUUAAUAUUAAACAAAGUAUAUAAUAUACUGCAAGAGUUUAAUAUUGAACCUGUGAUUAAGAAUGAUACUAUUAUUGAACCAGAAACCACAAUUUCAUUAAUUUCUAAUCAAAAACUUGCGGAGUUUAAAGAGUUGAAACCAAUAAAAUUAUCAAGAGCUAUUCUAUGGUCACCACCUCAACCAAAUUGGAAUCCUUGGUUGGCCAUAAAUAUUGAUGAAGGUCCUUUAGCUACUGCUACUUUAGAUCAAUUAAGUGAAGAACUAGCUAAAGAUUAUACUAAGAAAUUAAAUUCCUCAAAAGGUUUUAAAGAAAGUAUUGAAAUGCGUAGCCAACUUCCAGUAUUUAAUAAAAAAAAUGAAAUAUUAGAUAUAAUAAGAAAAAACUCAAUAGUUAUUAUUCAAGGUAGUACUGGUUGUGGUAAAACUACUCAGGUUUGUCAAUUUAUACUUGAUGAGUACCUGAAAAAUGACCAAGGAGCUUACUGCAAUAUAAUUUGUACGCAACCAAGAAAGAUAUCAGCCAUCUCUAUUGCUGAUAGAGUGGCUUUUGAAAGAAAAGAAGAUAUAGGUUUAAGUGUUGGUUAUAGUGUUAGAUUUGAUAGCAUAUUUCCUAGAUCUACUGGGGCAAUUUUGUUUUGUACAGUUGGUGUAUUAUUACGUAAAUUGGAAAAUGGUAUGCGUGGUAUAUCACAUGUAAUUGUUGAUGAAAUACACGAGCGUGGUGUAAAUAGUGAUUUCCUCAUGGUUGUACUCAAAGAUAUGGUAUAUAACUAUCCUGACCUAAGAGUUAUUUUUAUGUCGGCGACCAUUAAUACUGCUAUGUUUUCUAAAUACUUUAAUUGUUGUCCUGUCAUUGAUAUUAAAGGGAGAUGCUAUCCUGUGAAAGAAUAUUUUCUCGAAGACAUUGUUCAAGUGUUAAACUAUCAGCCAACUCCAGAUAUCAAAAAACGUAUGAAUAAAGAUUACGAUGAUGAAUAUGUCAUUGAUGCACAAGAUCAUGAGGAAAAUUGUAAUUUACUUGUAUCUGAUGACUAUCCCCCUGAAGUUAAAUCUAAAGUGGCCUUGAUUAGUGAAAAAUAUGUUGAUUUUGAAAUUAUUGAAGCAUUAUUAACGCACAUUGAAAUAAAGAUGAAUAUUCCUGGAGCAGUUCUAAUAUUUUUACCCGGUUGGACUUUAAUUUCUGCACUCCAAAAAUAUUUAACUGAGAAACAAUUUUUCGCAUCUUCAAAAUUUUGUGUACUACCACUCCAUUCACAACUUCCGUGUGCAGAUCAACGUAGAGUUUUUGAACCCGUACCGUCUGGAGUACGAAAGGUGAUUUUAUCUACAAAUAUAGCCGAAACAUCAAUAACUAUUGAUGAUGUAGUAUUUGUAAUUAAUUAUGGCAAAGCCAAGAUAAAAUUCUUUACUUCACAUAAUAAUAUGACUCAUUAUGCAACGGUUUGGGCGUCUAAAACAAACAUGCAGCAAAGAAAAGGUAGAGCGGGCCGCGUUAGUGAUGGUUUCUGUUUUCACUUAUGCACAAAGGCACGUUAUGAUAAAAUGGAUGAUCACGUAACACCAGAAAUGUUCCGUUCACCUUUACAUGAAAUAGCUUUAUCUAUUAAAUUGUUAAGACUUGGAGAUAUUGGACAAUUUCUUAGCAAGGCUAUUGAACCUCCACCUAUUGACGCUGUAAAUGAAGCCCUAGUGAUGCUCAAAGAGAUGAAAUGUCUUGGAAUAAAUGAAGAGUUAACGCCACUUGGUCGUAUUUUAGCAAAAUUACCAGUCGAGCCUCAGAUUGGUCGCAUGAUGGUGUUGGGAAAUAUCUUAAUGUUAGGGGAUGCUUUUGCUAUUAUAGCUGCUAUAUGUUCAAACAUGACGGAUAUAUUUGUAUUCGAUCAUAGAAUGACACCAGCACAGCGUGCUUUCUCUGGUAACCGUUGUUCUGAUCAUUUGGCUCUACUAAAUGCUUUUCAACAAUGGCAAUCUUUGGACUAUUGUAAUAUUAAUCCAACAGAAUACUGUGAACGUAAAAUGUUGUCGGAACCAUCAUUGACUACAACAGCAGAUGCUAUGGAACAACUGAAAGAUCUAUUUAUCAAAAUUGGAUUUCCUGAAAUAUGUUUUGAAAAGCAGAGAUUUGAUUUUGGAGUUGAAAUGCACGAUGAUCCAUUAUUAGAUGUAGUAUCUGCCAUUUUAACAAUGGGAUUUUAUCCUAAUGUGUGUUAUCACAAAGUGAAACGGAAGGUAUACACAACAGAAGGAAAGUUUGCACUUAUUCAUAAGACAUCUGUUAAUUGUAAUAAUACCAUGGACGGUUCUUUCCAAUCGCCAUUUUUUGUGUUUGCAGAGAAAGUACGUACUACAGCUGUAUCUUGCAAGCAAAUGACGAUGGUAACUCCUAUUCAUCUUCUAUUGUUUGGUGCUCGCAAAAUUGAAUAUACUAAAGAAUUAGUCCAAUUAGAUAAUUGGAUAAAUUUAAAAAUGGAUGUAACAGCUGCUUCUGCAAUUGUAGCUUUAAGACCAGCUAUUGAAAGUUUAAUUGUACAUGCAUCUGAAGAACCAGGAUCCAUUGCAAUGUUAAGUGAAACAGAUAUUAAACUUAUAAAUGUUCUAAAAGAACUAUGUAAUUUUAACUGUGGCAGAUACAAUCUUUCUCCAAUAACGUUUGUUCAAGGCGAUAGACCAAAUUAUAGAAGACCGUUUAACCAAACAUUUAAUGAGAGUGGUGAUGCUUCAGAUAAUAAAGUUCAACAUAUUAAUCAUUCUCACUCUAGUUAUAAUAGUUUUCAAAGAGGUGGUAGAGGAAGGUAUAAUGAAGGAAUAGGUUACCGUGGAAAUUCUUCGUCACUUUGUGAUGAAUAUAAUCAAAGAACUUAUCAUGAUGGUGGUCGCUCUGUAAGAGAACAAGGUUUCACAGGUUAUCGCAGUGAAAAUGGAUUUAAAAGAUGUUUCUGAACCUGAUUGCUGUACAACAAAUGUUUUUAUUUAUCUAUAUCAUUAUAAUGCCCGUUUUUCGAAGGCAAUG